CAUUUUCCCAUAGCGACAUUUGCACCAUGAGCCGAUUUCAGAAUAAGCGAGCACCCAAGAAAUCAAAACCCUCCAAUGAGAAACAUAAGGAGCCAAAAACCUUUGAGGAGUUUAUGGAAGAGGGUGUGGAGUAUGAGGACAAGGGCGAACGUUAUGCUACCGGAGAUCGUGCGCAACGCAACUAUGAACGUGCACUAGAAAUGUACAGCAAAGCUCAUGUCCUGAACCCUAAUGACAGUGAUUGCCUUUAUAACUGGGGUCGCGUCUUAUUCCUGUUGCUCAACUUUUUACCAGCACAUACAUUGCCGGAAGAGAAAUUGGAACGUGUUGACAGAUCUAUCGAGAAAUUUCGACAGGCUCUUUCGUUGGAGCCUAACAAAACCGACGUUCAGUUUAACCUCGGUCAAGCGCUGCACUUGCGUUCCGAAAUCCUGCAAGAAACGACCGAAAUCGAUGGUGCAUACAGAGAUUCGGCUAUGGCGCUGCAGGAAGCCAUCGAUUUGUUUGAUACUGUUUACAAGUUGCAGGAGGAGGAAUAUAAGGGAUCACAAUCUGCAACCGAGAAAGAAGGGGAAAACGAGGAGCAAGACGUGACAAUGCAAGAUUCACAGGAAGAAAAGGAAGAGGUGAAAGAAAGUCAAGGAGAUGUGACGACAGUAACGCAAGUAGAAGCAACCACUGUGCAGUCAUUGAUUGAAACACUCCUUUCAGGAGCUGAGGCAAUGAGCACCAUGGCAUCUCUUUUGGCCUCAGUUGCAGCUUCCAUGGACUUGUUCAACAAAGCACGCCGAAACUUAUCCAUGGCGGAGAAAUGGCUUUCGGAGAUCCCUGAAACGGACAAGGAUCAUAAGCAGUUACGGAUUCAAAUCAAUUUGAAAGAAGCUCAGACUUUUGCAGCCAUGGCGGACCGCUCCUUUUUGGCGUCAAAUCAAGUCGAUCGCAGUCUGUACGACCAAGCCAUACAGAGAUUGGAUGAUAUUGUUGAGCGAAUGGAACCAAGACAUGUGGAAGCAUGCUGUGAUCGUGGAGAUGUGUUAACGUCGUAUGCUCAGGCGCUUGUCGAUCAAAGCGAGAAAACCAAGACUCCUCUGGUUCCGGAAACAAGUGGAAAGGAGGUUUGGCAACUUUAUUCACAGGCGAAUAAAUCCUUCCAAGUCGCCUUGCAGAUUGAAUCAAAAAAUCUCAGCAUUCUCAACAAACUGGGAGAUCUCAGUAUUGCUCGCGCACGCCUGCCAUUACCCGUGGCCGAACGAAACAAACUGCAGUUACUGAAAAAUGCCGAAUUUUACUUCAAGCAAGCGGUGGACACCGAUAAACAAGUACUGACGAGCGGCUGGAUUGGCUGGGCUUUCAGUGCGUGGACUGUGGAAGCCUGGGGUAACGUUCAAGGCAAGAAGUCGGAAGCUGGAAAAAUCAUUCAGACAUGGAUAAAACGCGGAGGCCGAGGUAGCCUAUUCCAAGACAUGGUGGAUGAUAAUGAUACACUGGAUCCCGAAUUUGUGAGAUGGGCUAGUGACUCAUUUUUUGAUGGGGAGGACAGCGAUAGUGAUUGA